AAACAAAGAUGGAAAAUAAUAACAUAACCGCACUAGUUUUAUUGGAUAUUGUAAAUAAAAACACUACUAUUAGUGGAUAUACAAUGGGGCCUUUUUUGCAAAUUGGAUUGUACAGUUUUGUAGGCGUGGUUUCACUCGUUACUAAUCUUACUAUCAUUUUAAUUUUUUCAACCAAUAAACUCCUAAAAACAAGAAGUAAUCAACUUUUAAUUAACCUAGCAGUAUCUGAUAUUUUUAUUGCUCUGAUUGGAAUACCAAUUCAAUCCAUAAAUUUAUAUUUAAAAAACGGCCCGUUAACGGUCGAUAUUUUUUGUCAGCUACAUGGAGUUCUUGUUGUUAUGUCUUUUUUAUUCUCGAAUUUUAACUUAUGUUUAAUAGCAGUGUAUCGUUAUUUACUGAUUGUAAAAACGAAGCUUCACGAUGCAAUAUUUUCCACCGUAAAGCUGCCAUUUUUUAUGAUUGCAAACUAUAUAAUUGUUACACUAAUUUGCUUACCGUCUGUAUUAGGUUGGGGAAAGAUAGAUUACAAUAAAUACCGUGGACAUUGUAUGGUUGUUUGGGAAUACAGUUUAAGUUAUCUGCUAUUCCUUCAGUUUCUUUCAUUUUCUAUUCCGUUGGUUAUUGUAGGAUUUUGUUAUUAUAAAGUUCUUCGAUUUACUAGUAUCUCUCGUAAACGUUUAAGUUUAUCCGCUGAACGAAUUCAAUCUAUAAGCAGAACGCAAGAUCUUCGCUUGACAUUUAUGCUAAUGACAGUAUUCGGUUGUUUUUUACUCUGCUUUAUGCCUUACUGCAUUUUGUUGUACUACGAAGGAUUAUUUCAUAAAAAAGCCACACAAGUAUUUAGUUUCUGUGCAAUGUUUUUUGCAUAUUUUAAUGGAAUGAUGGACUUUUUUAUUUAUGCAAUAAUGAACAGAGAAUUUAGAAACAUUUUGAAAAAUAAUUUAAAAAAAGUGUUUAAGAAAAGAUAAGCUACAAAAAUAUUCUAAUAUUGGAAUUAUUAUUGUUAUUUUUUUUAAUCGUUUAAUUAAAAAAUAAUGAGACUAAUAAUAAUUGUUAACCAUUUUAAUUAUUUUAUCUAUAAUAUGUAUACAGUGGGUCAAAAUCGAAGGUUUAUGAACAAAAAAACAUUUUCAAAGAUUUCAAAUAAAAAUUUGUAGAUCAUUUGAUGCAAAUGCAAGUACCCUAAACAACCUUUAUUCAAGAAAGCCUGUAGAUUAUUUGAUGCAGACUCAAUUACUCUAAACAACCUUUAUUCAAAAAAUCUUGUGGAUCAUUUAAUGCAGACCUACGUACCCUUGACAACCUUUAUUCGAAAUAGCGUGUAGAGCCUUAAUUGUUGUAAACAAAAAAAUUUUAAUAUUAAAUUUUUCUUUAAUUUUAUUACAGUUUUAAUACAGCAAUUGCUAAAAAUGCUGGUUGUCUAUUUAACGUUAUCUUUAAACAAAGAAACAAUUAAAUAUCAUAAGUUUUAUCACAAACUAUUGGAAAAGAAAAUAGUAUAAAAAUCUUAAACAAUAAAGACUAUGCAAUUUUUUGACACUUUGGACAGACUACUUCGGAAUCGUAAUUAGAGAGAAACAUACAACUCUGCUGGGUAUUUUUUGUAGAUUUCUUAAGACCAUAAGUAUAACUUGAUAUUUUCAAGCUAUGACCUCGAUUGAAAUUUAUAAAGUCCAAUAUUUUGACUAUUAUUUUGACUGGAGUUUGUUGCUAUGGAUACGUACAUUUUGUUGCAACUAACCCUUCGUUUUGGUUGAUGUGUUCACACAAAGUUUUAAGUGUUUUAUGUUGAUUGUUGUUAUUUUAAUUAAUGUAUAUUAGCAAAGAGUUUAGAGUGUUUUUUAAACACAAUAAACUAUUUUAG